UUUGUCUUCUAUGGUACCAAUCAAGCUCAAUAACACAUUAACAUGGCAAUAAUGUACCGAGCAGCCUCACUUAUUUUUCUGUUUCUCUUUAUUGGGUUUCUUUCUUCCACAUCUGAAGCUGCUCUAGUAAAGUACCAGUUUGAUAUCCAAGUGAAGAAUGUGAGCCGGUUAUGCCACGCCAAACCAAUAGUGACAGUAAAUGGACUGUUUCCAGGGCCUACUAUUUAUGUCCGAGAAGGAGAUAGACUUCGCAUCAAUGUCACUAACCAUGAUCAAUAUAACAUGUCCAUUCAUUGGCAUGGUUUGAAGCAGCUUCGCAAUGGUUGGGCGGAUGGACCAGCAUACAUAACACAAUGUCCAAUCAAGACUGGUCACAGCUACACUUAUGAUAUCAAUGUUACAGAUCAACGUGGUACAUUAUGGUGGCAUGCACAUAUUUUGUGGCUAAGAGCUACGGUUUAUGGUGCCAUUGUUGUAAUGCCUAAACAAGGGGCUUCAUUCCCUUUUCCUCAACCUCACCAAGAAGCUAAUAUCAUUUUAGGGGAGUGGUGGAACACAGAUGUUGAAACUAGUGUUAACCAAGCAAAUAAGUUGGGGUUGCCACCACCACAAUCAGAUGCUCAUACCAUUAAUGGAAAACCAGGGCCUCUCUUCCCUUGUUCAGAGAAACAUACCUUUGCUAUGGAAGUUGAGAGGGGAAAAACAUACCUCCUGAGAAUAAUCAACGCUGCACUUAAUGAUGAACUUUUCUUCGCCAUAGCUGGACAUAACAUGACAGUGGUUGAGAUAGAUGCAGUCUACACAAAGCCCUUCGCAACACAGUCAAUGCUAAUUGCGCCAGGCCAAACCACCAACGUCCUUGUCAAGGCUGACCAAGCUCCAAACCGGUAUUUCAUGGCAGCCAGGCCAUUCAUGGACGCACCAGUACCAGUGGACAACAAGACAGUGACAGGCAUAUUACAAUACAAAGGUGUUCCAAACACGGUCUUACCAAUCUUGCCACAACUCCCAGCUCCAAACGACACCAAUGUAGCAUUCAACUACAACAACCAGCUCAAGAGUUUGAACACACCACAUUUUCCAGCUAAAGUCCCCAUCAAAGUAGACCGUCACCUCUUUUACACCAUUGGUUUAGGCCAAAACUCCUGCCCAACUUGCCUAAAUGGGACUCAGUUUGCAGCUUCUUUGAACAACAUCACCUUUGUUAUGCCUCAAGUAGGGCUUUUGGAGGCACAUUACUUUAACAUUUCAGGUGUUUUUAGGGCAAAUUUCCCUGACAAACCCCCGGUUCCAUUCAACUACACCGGCGCGCCACUGACUGCCAAUCUCGGUACUUCUUUAGGGACAAGGCUCAGUAAGGUGGCCUACAAUUCAAGUAUUGAGCUGGUAUUGCAGGACACCAAUCUUCUCACUGUUGAGUCCCACCCCUUUCAUCUUCAUGGAUAUAAUUUCUUUGUGGUUGGGAGUGGGGUUGGGAAUUUUGACCCUGUUAAUGACACCGCAAAGUUUAACCUUGUUGACCCUCCUGAGAGAAAUACUAUUGGUGUUCCUACUGGUGGCUGGACUGCCAUAAGGUUCAGAGCUGAUAAUCCUGGUGUGUGGUUUAUGCAUUGUCACCUUGAGUUGCAUACAAUGUGGGGUUUGAAAAUGGCUUUUGUUGUUGAGAAUGGGAAGUUGCCAAGUGAAUCUAUCUUGCCACCUCCAAAAGAUCUUCCACAAUGCUAGACAAAAGAAACGACACGUAGUUUGGUGGAGCUUGCUUACCGAUUACAGUUUAUUUGUUCUGAUUUCAUUCAUUGUCGUUUUCAUUUUAUUUUAUUCUUUUUAGCAAUUCAUUGUCGUUUUGAAAACAUCCGUUUCUUUGUUCUUUGAGAAACUAAAUACAUCGAGUCAUUGACUUCAGAACUGUAACAUUAUGAAACUGAUAACUGAGGUUGAUUGAGACUGCUUUAUGUAUAAUGGUUUUAAUAAUCAAUGAAAUACUAUUUAACUUUA